AUGGCUCUUCUUUCUGAUCGUGAGGCUGCUUCCUGUACAGUCAAGGAGUUCAACAUCGGUAACAUGCACCAGAAUUACAGGAUGUCUGGCGUUCACUUGUGUCAGUUGAUAGCUCUUCCAACUGUGGAGAACAUCACGCUCUGCAACAGCGACAUCAAUGACAUCUCACUCCGACCUAUGGUGAAUAACUCAGCAUCUGUCACGUAUACUCCGAUCAAUCGCACUGUGCCUAUCCGAGAUCAUUCGACACAUUCCCUGCAUUGCCUCAGAUUCCGCGGAUGCGAAAUCGACUCGAGCGUGUUACAAGCCAUAUCAACCAACAUCUCCGGCUUGAAAAUACUGGAGUGGUCAGAAACCGAGGAACCUUCAUUCCUGCACACUCAGGCACUUGGAAGUCUAAUGUGGGCUCAGCGAAGCACGCUCGAACACUUGUAUCUCGACACGACCGUAUUAUUCAUGAGGAAGGACAAAUCAAUCAUAGGGAAGCUGGCCUCACUCAAGACUCUCAUGAGCGUACUGGUCUCUGACUCGAAGUUCUCCUUAUCGGGCUUCAUCGGGGGCCCCUCGAGGAAUAUCAUUGAAUCGAGGCACGGAUAUUUGCGAAACCGAGCGGAAGUCACUGAUGGCCAGCGUUACGGAAACGUUUCCGAGUACCAGGUCACUAGAGAUGACUUUGCUCUCUUCACUUCGCUGGAAACAUCAACGAGAAAGCGCGCUAGAAAGAUCGAGGAGCCCGGAAAGGAAGAGGAGACUACAGUCGCUCAGGGUGACGAGCCAUUGAAUCAUGGAGAAGAGCAGGAAAUUGCCGAAAAGCCUGUUAGAGCACCAGCCAAGUGUGCUCUCGAGAAAGCAGAAGUCUGGGUCGUGACCCCACCCGACCGCGAUGUCAACUGGCAUAUGAGUCUGGCAAUGAUGAUGAGAGCACUGGGUGAUGACGUCUGCACACCCGCCUCAGAGGCUUUCCAGAACAUGCUCCUGGAAAUGUUCUCCCUCAAGGGCGUGCAACACGCCGCCGGCUUAGCAAAGUCUCUGCGUGAAAACCAGGACGCUCUCACCACCGCCGUCCUUAGUGUACAAGGCCUGGCUAAGACAACUUCUGACUCGCCUUACCAGCUUCUCGGAGAUGCCAUCAAGCGCCUAAUGGUGACCGACACUAGAACUACAAUGGCGGAGGUGGAGCUGUUGUUGACCCAAGUCUACGAGACUGCGGUCGACGGCUCCGGCUCUUUAGGCAAGAAGGACACAAUGUCCUCCCCCCGCCAAUUCCUCAUCGCCUCCACCAUCAACGAGGCCUACGACAUUUCUGCGCCCACCGCGGCUGCCACUCGAUCUUCUGUCGAGAAGAAUCUUCGUUUUUCGGAGGUCCUGUUAUGGCUGCAGACGUACCUUGGCGGCGGAGUCUUCUCGCUCCUCGUCGGUGGUUCUAGGAAGAAGCUGGCAGGAGUGGCCUGCGAAAUCAGUGCCCCCUGGCUGAAGCAAGGGUGCGACCUCGCCUGUGAGAACGUCUGGAAGCACUUCAAUGUGCUCGGAGGUGCCGCAAUCCCUCGCAACCUGAAGUUCGACGUACUGAACAAGAAGCAGAGAGCAAAGUCAUCUCUCAUGACUUUACUCUCAACCACAGGCUCGAGCCAACUUCAUAAUGCAGCAAGUUCUCAACGCUAUGCAUCCAGACGGAGAUCAGGUAAAUGUACUCAACUCUCGGAACUUACAAUUCCCAGUACGAUGUAUAGGGGCGUCAGAAAGCUGUCGAGAAGCAGAGACUUAUACAGUGUUAAGAUGGCACCUAGGGAGAGUGAAGCGGAAUAGCUCUCCAAGGCUGAUGCGAAUGUCCUGGAAAGUACUGUGCAUUCUGACAGUUAGCCUUCGUCUAUGGCACGUUUAUUGAGGAGAGACGAAUGAGUUUGGUAAUUAUGGAAGCGUUUUGUCACGCGAUUCCUUACCUCGCCUGACCAGAGAGUAGUACAAGGAUGUGCAAUUAGAUAAGGGGUGGG